AUCAGACCUCAGAGAACAGUUCUUUAUGCUGUCAGCACUGUACCAACGUAGAGACACCAUGAAACUCGUAAAUAUUGACCACCUGUGGAGAUUCCUACUUAACUGACAGAUCUGUGGGACUGAUCUGAACAGGAUUCUAAGGAUUCUUGCCCAGUAAAAAGAAACGUUAAGGAAGGGAAAAAUGAGACAGAGAUGGAGCAACAAGCUUCGAUGUGAAAUUCAGGACCCAGCUACUUCCUGCUCGACGGUGAAAAGGUUUGGAGUUGGCUGGUUAGCCUGACUUCUGAGGGAGACCAAAGAAUCACAAGGGGGGAAAGGCAAGUUGUGAGACAGCUGACUGGAAAAGCACAUCUGAGAGAUCUUCCUCUUAGUUGAAGACUCACUCCAGAAGACUCUCCCCCCUUUUUAACGUUCAGAAAAACUGCUGAAAGACCUGUUACUUCAGAACAGUCCUCCUACAGACAGAAACAUGGCAUUUAAUGGUACUUGGAAAGUAGAAAAAAAUGAAAACUAUGAAAAGUUCAUGGAGGUGAUGGGUGUUAACAUAAUGAAAAGAAAGUUAGGAGCCCACGAUAAUCUGAAGAUCACUAUUCAACAAGAUGGAAACAAAUUUACUGUCAAAGAAUCCAGCAACUUCCGUACUGUAGAUAUUGAAUUCAAUCUGGGAGUCAAUUUUGAGUACAGUCUGGCUGAUGGGACUGAACUUACUGGCGCUUGGAACAUGGAAGGAAACAAACUGGUAGGAACAUUUACCAGAAAAGAUAAUGGAAAAGUACUCACAGCAUACAGAGAAAUCAUAGGUGAUGAACUUGUUCAGACCUACGUAUAUGAAGGAGUUGAAGCCAAGAGAAUCUUCAAGAGGGGCUGAGUACUUUACCCAGAACCACACCAGAAUCAAAAACCAAUGAAAAAAAGACCCCAUUUUUCUACAUAUCCUCUGCCUUUUUUUUUUUUUUUUUAAUCCCGUCACAGCACCUCCUAAACUGCAAUUUCUUAGCCCUGCUGAAAACACAGGCCAGUUCCUAUGUUCACUGUUUUGCCUUGAAUAAAAAAAAAAAAAAAAUCCGAUUACAAUUUGAUAGAAAUGCUAAAAUGUUAUUUGUAUUACCCGAGUGCCGUACUGUAAAAGGCUGCAGAAAUUAUUUUCUAUAAGCAGAACUUAAAUAUUUUUUGCACUGGUUCUCAUUGGGCAACUUCGCUUCCUUACCAUAAUAUUUAUAGAUACGCAGUUUCUCUGUGGACUGAAUAUUGUGUAAUAAGGAUGGUAAAACCUGCAAUAAACCUGACA